CGACCGUUUGCAGGGGCUGACCCAUCUUGUCCCCGCAUCCUCAUCGACUUUACCAGGCGCCUACCGUAUCGCGCGUCUCAGCUGCUCCCUUCGCAGCAAGACGCAUCGCCGUUCCCUCUCGUGCACUCUCUGUCUCCGCAACCAUGGCCCAGAAAUUCCGUCAAGAGCGGGAUACUUUCGGUGACUUGCAGGUCCCGGCCGACCGCUACUGGGGCGCGCAGACGCAGCGCUCGCUGCAGAACUUUGACAUUGGCGGCCCGCAAGAGCGCAUGCCGGCACCUUUGAUCGAGGCAUUCGGAGUGCUCAAGAAGGCUGCCGCCAACGUCAACCGGACCUUCGGCCUUGAUGCCAAAGUAGCUGAUGCGAUUGGCCUGGCAGCAGAUGAAGUCAUCAGCGGCAAGCUGCACGACCACUUCCCGCUUGUUGUCUUCCAGACUGGUUCGGGAACCCAGACAAACAUGAACGUCAACGAAGUCAUCUCUAACCGCGCCAUUGAGAUCCUCGGAGGCGAGCUCGGGAGCAAGAAGCCUGUCCACCCCAACGACCACGUCAACAUGAGCCAGUCCUCGAACGACACGUUCCCCACUGCUAUGCACGUCGCAUCGGUCCUGCAGAUCCGCAAGAACCUCAUCCCGGCGCUCGAGGAGCUUCACGCUGCGCUGGACAAGAAGCGUGCCGAGUUUGACGACAUCAUCAAGAUUGGUCGCACGCACCUGCAAGAUGCGACGCCUCUGACUCUCGGCCAGGAGUUCAGUGGUUACGUUAAGCAGGUCGAGAACGGCAUCGAGCGUGUCAAGGAUGUCCUGCCCCGUCUCAGCAUGCUCGCACAGGGUGGCACAGCCGUUGGCACGGGCCUUAACACGUUCAAGGGCUUCGAUAGCAAAGUUGCGGCCGAGAUCAGCAAGAUCACCGAUGUUCCGUUUGAGACGGCGCCCAACAAGUUUGAGGCGCUUGCCGCGCACGACGCGAUCGUUGAGGCUUCUGGCGCCUUAAACACUAUCGCGGUGUCCUUGAUGAAGAUCGCGAACGACAUUCGCUACCUCGGGUCUGGGCCGCGCUGUGGUCUCGGUGAGCUGAGCCUGCCGGAGAAUGAACCGGGCAGCUCCAUCAUGCCGGGCAAGGUCAAUCCGACACAAUGCGAGGCGUUGACCAUGGUCGCCGCACAAGUCAUGGGCAACAACACGACCAUCAGCGUCGCCGGCAGCUAUGGCCAGUUCGAGCUGAACGUCUUCAAGCCGGUGCUGGUCAAGAACCUGCUGCAGAGCAUCCGUCUACUUGCAGACGGCGCAAGGAGCUUUACCAAGAACUGUGUCGUCGGCAUCGAGGCAAACCGCGAAAAGAUCGACCAGAUCCUGCGUGAAUCCCUCAUGUUGGCGACCAUCCUCAACUCGCAUCUAGGCUACGACAACGUGGCAAAGGCCGCCAAGAAGGCACACAAGGAGGGUCUCACGCUCAAGGAUGCCACGGUGCAGUUGGGCUUCUUGUCGCCGGAGGAGUUCGACCAGAAGGUCAGGCCGGAGCUGAUGCUCGGUCCGGAUGAGCCGCCAAGCAGCAAGUAGAGUUAGAAUUGAUUGCGGAAUAGGAGGGGGGUGUUGCAGCAUCCUUAUUUUAACAUCGGGUCAGUUCCAAAGCUGCGGAUACUGUCACGUCCCUGAAUUGUGUCUGUACUUUGCACAUCCUUGGCGAGGGACACUACGCUGCCCUGGUGCAUCUAACUUCGGUCCCUGUCGGCCAUGUGGCCUUGUUGAGCAAGCUCGAGUGCUUGACA